UAUUGAAUAGUGUCGAUGUAGCGGCCCCGCGACAACUUCUCGACUAUCUGUUUCGUUUCCCGGCUCCGAGACAAUUUAACUUGACAACGUGGACUCCGUAACAAAAGCCGCCUCGCCCCAUUUACCGCUGAGCUCCACUCUCUACUAGCAUGAGAACUUCAGAUAUUAAACGCUCUCCUAACGAUAUUAAUGUUACAUAAUUUUCAUUCCACCACAAAGCCACCUUAAUGCUUUAUAUUACACCUUUUUCAUUCAAGCAUCUGCACUAGAGCAAAAGUGGGUCACGAAGUCGCUUGCUUGUUUACCUGAUGCCCGUACAGUAAAAUUCCACGCUAAAGGGUGAAAUGAUUACAUUCCUUUUCGGAGUUUGGAUUGUUAAAUCACAUGAUUGCAUAAACAUUUGCUCAGAGUUAGGCGCUGAAUGAGUCCGAACUCGAGAGACGGUGAGCAAACAUUUCGGAAUCGGCCACUUCCAUUUCGAGACAUCACUUUUCACGUUACCGUAGUGAUGUAUGGGAAUAUUUGCAAGCGUUCUUUGUGCGAUCGAGAACGAGUGUAAACACGAGUGCGCGGCUCGGCGGCGGCGGCGUCGAGAUCAGGCGGGGAGGGUCGCGUCACUCGCGCGGCCGCCGCCGCGCGCUCCGCCCGCACGAUGUCGGUGCGCGUAGACCAUCGUGACCGAGACAGAUUCUCGAGGCAUUCUUCGCGCGCUUCCGUAGAUUUAGCCUUUCCGAGUAGCUCAGCACGCGAUCACUCAUUUCGGUCAGUGCAUUCAGCUCGGGUGCCGCGGGCCGCUAGCGAUGAUUUAAUGGUGCCCGUGCGCACGCUGCGCUCAGCAUCAUGCCGCGUGGCUCCAGGAGCGCCCCACCGGCUGCGCCGGCACCACUCUUCGGCUGCCGAAUGCGAUCGGGCACGCCGCUCGCGCCGGCACACGCUGGAGCUGCCGCACAGCCGCGGGCCGUCGGUCCGCAGCCGGUCGCCGGAGCCGCAGCCGCCGCCGCCCGAGCCGGAGGUGCCGCCCGAGGACGCCGGCAAGGAGGCGCGCCGGCGGCGGGUGGUGGCUGCCGUCGCCGCGUCCUUCUUCGCGCUGGCGGUGGCGUCGGUCCUCGUGGUGGUGGUCACGCUGACCCACAGCUCUGUGCUCCGCGCUCACAACCAAACGGCCAAUACGCCAGGAGAACGAGCGUAUGAUGCACGACGUCCUCCAGCUCCCGCCUGGAAAUCGCACCCAGUUGUCGGGGGCAUUGCGCUGACGCCGCGCUACUCGCCGAAGCCGCGGCUGGACAACGUGCGCCCCGCCGCCGCCCCACCAGAGGAACCCGAACCUGAUCAGCCCGACGCUGACUCUGACGCUCCCGAGGCCCACGCCGAGGCCCUCGUCCACUCCCUUAGCCCGCCAACCCUUAGAGAAAAUAGCAGCGCUUCGGUGAGCCAAGGCCUAGCGGGCCUCACGUGAGUCCCGACCCCGGUCUCCGGUCUCCGCUUCGGCCUGCUCCAGACCCGUGUCUGUUCUAGUGUUGAAACGAAUUGUGAACGCACAAAACUGCCAGUGGCAACCAAAUGCGCCGAGCUGUGACACGAAUGUGAACAGAGAGAAUUAUAUGUUACUCGACUUAAGCAUACACGUUAGUUACUUGUUCGUGAAUUGAAAGUGAUGGAAGAUGUAGGUAGAUAAUGUGAAAUUGUGAAUAAAUUAGUAAAGAAUGCAAUGUUGUUUGUUGAAUUGUAUCAGGAUAGGAUUUAAAAGACAAUGUCAAUAAUCUACGAUAGAAUAAAUCGCAGAUUGUCUAAAAUGUUAGAUGUUAGUAUAUUUUGUGCCAGAGGGAGAAAUUUAAUUAGAAGAGAAACUGCUUAAUUGGUAAAAAAGGAAAGGUGUGAUGCGAAUAAUUAAAUAAAAAUUAUAAUUAUUUAUACCUAAUUCUGUUUUGAGAAUGUGACGAUGAGUUAAGUGUACAGUUUCACCCUCGUCAAAUGUUCCUGCCACUUCCACAGUGUUUUUGGAACGCCGGUUUUGUUAGAUACACGUAAUCAUUGAAUGUUAACGGCCUGUGUAAGCUGCUAACGAGGACUGUCUAGAGAAACGACCAUUACUCAAAGGUUAGCGGAUCAAUGGGAUCAAUUACUGUAAUUAUUAAACUUUUAAACAGAUUAAAUUUCUUUCUUUGGCAGUACUUGUUUUAAGGAUACUGAACAUUGAACGAUCCCUAUUUACGACAAAUGUUACAAAUAAAAAGAGUCGUAAUGCCCUGUAUGUAUAGCGAUAAAUAUUUUAAUAUUAUUACUAUAUAACUGUACCCAUACAACAUAGUUGUUACCCGGUCGUUUAUAGGGAAGGGCUGUACUAAAUAAUUAUAGAUAUAUUGUUAUUUAAUUAUGCAAAUCAUAAAUACCUGAACCUUUGUCACAGCACCAGCUCAAUAAUUAUUUACAUUCGACUAUAUGAAUGAUAUUAAUCGUAACUCAUCAAUUUCAUACACAGAAGCUUUAUUAUGUAACUUAACUGUUAAAAUAUGUAGUUAUGCUAUUUGAGUUACAUAAUGAAGCUCAGGGUACAGAUACUGGGGGUUUUGAAUACAUUUUAUAUGGAGACUUCUAUUUUCUAUCGGUCACUAUUCUAUUACUAAACUUAAUGCUUACUAUCUCCCGUCCAAGAGUAGGCUGUGCUUUGCCGAACUCACUCUGAUUUAAUUUUGUGAGCGUCGUGGCUUUUUGUAAAAAUAGUUUUUUUUAGUUUUUAUUUAAUACGUCUGCUAAUUAAUACUGAAUUGUCAGAUAAAGCAUUAGUCACGUCUUUAGCACUUCUUAUACUGCUAAGGUCGUUUUAUACAAACAUACUGACAAUCUCAUUAUGCUGAAAAGGCAUAGUAUUAUAUUGUUUCUGAUUUUGUGAAGAACAAGAAGUUGUUACUCAAGUUUUUUUUUUUAAACUUGCCAAACAUUUCAUUUUUAACGCAUAGCUAAAUGCGAAAUUUGUUGUUGUUUAGUGAUUUUUAAAUGUGUUGAUGAUCAAAUAUGUAGAGACAUGCUUAAAAUUCUCGAUAAUGGUACUAAUCUUCGACAUCCUUUUUAAUCUUUGACAUACCCUUUUAUCAAAAUCCCCACUAGAUGUUACCACUAAUGUUAUAAUAUCGUAAGUAAUUAUAAUGAAUUACUUUGAUACUGAUCACCCUAAGGAUUUAGACGGAACGAGCUUUCAACACUGUGCUUAAGCUGUUAAACAUAAGAGCUUUUUAUAAGGAUACUACGAUGUAGAUGUUGUAGAUAAUUAAUAAUUAUGCAACGAGGAUUCGGAACAGAUGACAGUAAAGUGGAUACAUAAAACUUCUAUUUCCGCAGUACAUACAAGUAUUGGGGUAAUAAAUAAAUAUUAACCGUACAUUAAAAGGGUAACUUGGUUAAGAUUUUUAAAUACGUACUCCACAGUGUUAUUUAUUUAAUACAAAGUCUAAACCGUUCACAUCUUGAUUAUUGUAAUACCAUCUCUGUUAUUAUGACUUGAAAGAAAUGUUAUAUAUGUUUCAUUUUAUUCCUGCCAUUCAUUUUGUGUCUAUUUCCACUUACUGCUCUAAUAUAUUGAAAAACAAACUUGUAUCUAGUUAAAUUAAAAGAACAAUAUAAGAGCGGGCUUGAAAAUAGCAGAAUCAGAGCGCACGGCCCAGUGGUUCCAUCGCAAUUCCAACUAACUUGAAUGCGCCCAUGCAAGUUAGUACGUUACUAUUCUGUCGGUAUUGCGUCAUAGCUCCAUCUUACAGACGUUGUCGAUUCCACCUAUUUUCGAUUAUAUUACGAUGCACUCGGAUGUUCAAUAAAAUGUACAGGUAGGACGGGGAAAGUAUUUCAUUUUACGCAGUGUUGCGCAAAUCAAUAGUUGUUAGAGAUUCCAAACAUAUUCGAACUUAAUACCAGCACGUUUGUUUUUUUUUAUUAAUAUUUAUGCAUUGUUUAGCUAGGACGGGAGGAAAUUACACACCCUAAUAUUAUUUUAACACCUGCUAAUAGAGUAUAAUUCAAAAAUAAUUCAUAAAUAAAAGAGGGAAUAAGUACCUACUGCUUUUUCAAAGUAAUUUUGUUUCGUGAAUCAGUUUAGUUUAACGCCUAAUAUAUUUGCAGGUAAGUACAUACUUUAAACGCUUGAUAAUUUGUUCAUCUAACUUAACGACCCAACGUAAUUAAUUUUAGGUAUAUUCCGCUUCAAUGAUGGCUAACCCUUAAAUCCCAUGACGAAACCCAAAACUGUCGACCUUAAUUGAUGUAAAUUCAUCAAUCAUUAAAUCAAUAUAAAGCUCGCAGGGCUGUACAGUAAUUUGAUUAUUGCCCUAGGGGCCUAGGAGAUUAAAGUCACUGAUAAAAAUACGUGUAAAUUUUUAAACUACCUGAGGUUACCUAAACCCAGCAGUUAGUUUCUGACAAUCACUUGCCAUAAUGUUUUAUUUAACUCCUAUCUACAGAAUCUUAAGCUUUUAAGCCUAAAUGUAGUUAUGAAUUGAGGUUAAAUCACAUUAACGAUAUAAAUCAGGAAGCGUGUCUCAACUUAUGGCCGUCUUAUAAUGAGCGCGGUAAAGCUCUCACGACCCACCUCUUGACGGAAAUUCUCGCUUACAUUUGUAACAUUCCAGUCGCUUGCCAAGAGUGUGGAGAAAUCGGAUACUAAGACAAACUAGGACAAGUGAGUUUUCUGAUAACGCUCAUCAUGGAUAUCGAAAUCACAUUUUAACCUAAACAGAACCCGGGUUCAAUUCCCGCUUCGGCCACCGACCGGCGGACUUGGUAACUUUCUUUAUUGUAUGUUAUCCAUUUCUAUCUAUAUCACAUUUUAGGUGCAUAAGUUUAUUCAUGAAUCCUAUUCGCCAGCGCUUGCGUACCUAAUAAAAAUAUUGGAAUGUUGAAACAGCAAGCAUCUAAAAAAUCCGUACGCUCAAUGGUUGGGCCAUUCAAAUGCUCAGGUAAACAAUGGAAACGGUGGCUUCGAAAUUCUGAACAGUUAUUGCUGACACAGAUUCGAUUAUUUGAAUCUAUGGGGCUUGACUCAGAUUUUUAGUCUACUCUACUUAGUCAAAACUUUCAGUUAUUAUAAGCCUGUCUGCUGUUAUAUAUAGGUACCCGGAUCCGUCCCUAAGAUGACUCAACAUUUUUGUGAUUUAGCUUUACCUACAUACAGUUUAUAGUUUAGAUUCUUACUUACAAUUGUAAUUGAAAUUUCAUUACUCUUAUUAGAUAGAGAUACAGGGUUCCAGUUCAUUCCAAAAAUACUCAUAAAAGGAAUCUAGUCACGACUAAAACUCUUAAGCUCAGAAACUCCUAAAACUGAGUCUUGUUCUUCUUUGAUAUCGACACAUAAGAUUCGAGUUUGUAACAAUAGUAACAAUUAUGUGUAAUCGGAGAUCGCCUGAGCAUUAGAUUCGUUUGUGUGUGGAAUGACACCCUGCCAAGUAAAUAUGUACACUGUGUUUAAAUUGUUUAAGUUCAAAAUACUCCAGAGAGUGUACGUGUGUUGGGCGGACGGUGUUCCUAUAAACUGUUCCUGUUCAGUACCUACUUACUUACCUAUCUAAAUCAUAGUCCUGGAUUUUUUUUGUACCUUAAGAAUUGAAAGACAAUACUUAAUGUUUUCUUUAAUCUCAAUUCGGACUACCACAGCACAUUAUCUAUUUAAGUACUUAACUGGCUAUAAUUUUCGAGUUCUCUCAUCAAAAGCUAGGGAAGUAUGAAGACGCAACGAAGAAUUUCAGGCACGUUCGUGCACGAUAAUGUAAUUUUAUUGCGAAAUGCAAGCUGGAGUUAUGCAGGCUUACAUUUUGACCUGGAAAAUCUGUAAUCGGUUUCAAACCGUUAAAAUGGGCCGUGUGCUAACCACUUGUGGCGGGUCGCAAUGAUAUUGUAACAAAAUUAUAAUUAUAGGUAUGUUGUUAAUCACGUUAGUAAAUCUACUUAGGUACUCAUAAUUAAGGAUUAUAUUUAUUUUUGGUUUGAGUUUAAAUAUUAUUAAAAUUUAAAGAUAUAUAUUGAUUUUGUAAUUGGAACUAUUGGAAGCUGUAUAACGUUUUAUCUACGCAGGUAGAGAUACAUUUUGUACAUGUAAUAAUCUAAGUAUCCAUGUAUCUUCAUAGAAAUGGGUAUGUGUGCAAAGCAGCUAGAUAAGCAUACAAUAAGAGAUGAGAUUUAGAGACAUGAUACCAUGCAUGAUCAUCCCCUCCUAAAUCUAAGCAAAGCAUCCAACGCGCCUUCAUAAAUUUCGACCAAAAUCCUUUCCUAGUGUUCUUAUCGACGUCUGGAGUAGCACGGAAUAAAUAUUGUAAAACAUUGUUUUAGUAAAAUAUAAUCGCGCAUCGCAUGUCGUAUGAAUAUUUGAGAUAUACCGUGGACAUACCUACAUAAAUAAUGAGUAUAUAUAUAUAUUGCUCCUAAUGCAAAUCUGUAAUUUGCUCAAACUCAAACCAUGUAAGUUUUCUUUCACAUCACUUUCUUUCUUAUUAUUAUUUAUUUAUAUGCUUUGGGUAGGCGGGAAAGAGUCAUACCCCUUAACCACUUACUUUUUUUAAGUAGGUACUAAUUUUUACCUAAAGGAAAUUGUACAAUAUCAUUGCGGCACCUGCAUUUCCUCGUACUGUACUCGCCAGGCCGCACGCACAGCACUGCGGCUGAGGCUUGUGUUAGAUGUUACUAGUGUAAGAAGUAGUUAUGUUAUAUGUGAGAGCAAGUAUAUGUAUGUAUAAUAUAGUAAAAUGCGUCUCGCAUCCGAGUGAUUCUACCAGUUCUUAAAACAUGAGUUUAUGCCAUGCGCUUUGCUGCGUUUUUAAUAAAGGUCUGCAUGUACAUAUGGUGGGUUUAAAGCAUAAAGUGCCGUUUUAUCAGAUGUCAGUAAGGACUAUUUCUAUUUAAUAUUACAGACAAUACGAAGAACAAUUCUUUGUAAGUAACACAUUUUGUGAUAUUAAGAUGGUACCAAAAGUAACACUUAACUUUAACUGUCUUCCUGAACAAGUGACCACUGAGCAAGCGUUGUGUAAUUAAUGACGGCCCGAUUCUAACUUUAAGAUACGUCAACUAAUAGGUCUAGAAACGAUAUGGAUUAGAUAUGUCAGUGUCAAAUGUGACGUUUCUUCAAACAAAUACGUCAGUUCUAUUAAUUGACGUAUCUUAAAGUUCGAAUCCGGCAGUUACUCUAUUUUUUGUGCCUGAUAGAUGUCAUUUAAACAACUGUUGCUGCUGCUGCGUACAAUGGCAACCAGUGCAAACCAACACCCAAUCCGCGGCGCUCCAAUAUUAUCGUUUUCAAUCCAAUCGCAAUACAGAUGUAGUGCAUAAUUAUUGUUUUCCUUCGUAUUUUCUCGGAAAGGUUCGUAUUUGCCAUGCCACUUCAGUCAACCUCAGUCCUUUUUGUACCGAGACUGACUGAAGUAUCAAGACACAUUCGUGCAUUUCCGUAAAAAUACGAAGCAAAAUAAUUAUGCACUACAUCUGUAUUUUAAAGGCACAUUCAGGAUUUUAUAUAUAUAUUUUGGGAAUAUUAACAAAUCC